CCGGAUUUUACGUCAUGGCAGCUGUAAGUGAGCCUUCCAUUGCGAAAUAAAUAAACGGAAAACUCGCUUCCUUAAUUUGAUAUAUGCUAUUCACAAUCAAUCUAUAGUCUUUGCUUUAUUGUUUCUUUGUACACGCGUAUAGAUUAGACCAGAACAUCGUCAUCCGUCAAUAUGGCGGUUCCUCAUCCCCUGCAACGCUUGCGGGCACCGUCUCGUUCUGUAUCGCUCAUUCUUCACGCGGCAGGCAUUACCUCCUUUCUGCUCUCCUUCCGCUUUCUCUAUACAUGGGAGACGCCACUUUCCAACUCGUAUGGAGGCAACUACCAAUUUCUCACGAUCAUUGGCCUGGCUGCCUCUCUUCUCACUUUCGUGGUGGCCCUGCUCUCAGACCUGACUUUGUCUCCUCGGCUCUUCCGGCUCAAGAACUAUCUAGCUGUCAUUGCGGCACCGCUGGAGGUUCUGAUCACCGCCCUGUAUUGGGGUCUAUGCGCAAUCGACAAGUCGCUUGUCUUCCCACCAGAAUUCCAGCUGGAUGUCCUGCCGGACGUCGGGUUCCACGCGGCGCCUGGAGUGCUGUUGGCGCUGGACCUGCUACUCUUCAGUCCGCCGUGGACGAUCCAGCGAAACAACGCUUUGGUUUUGAGCCUGGGCGUCGCAUUUGCGUAUUGGUUCUGGGUCGAAUACUGUUUCGGCAGGAACGGCUGGUACCCCUAUCCGAUCUUCGAUAUCCUCAGCGUCUGGCAGAGGGCGGCGUUGUUCUCAUUCUCGGCGCUGUUGAUGACCGGGAGCACCAUGGUCCUGAAGUGGGGCUAUGGCAAGGUAAAUGGUAUCGAGAGUUUCAAGAAGGAGGCUGUUUCGAAGCCUGCUGGCGGGAGGAUCAAGUCUGCGUAAGUAAUGCGCAGCGUCAAAGAGUACAGCAUAGCGUUGCUGGGCAUGAGUGUGAGAGUAUUGGAAGAAGGGAGAGUGUGCAUAGAUAGAUAUCAUGUAUUUUUAACUGUAUUUUUUUUACUUGUAUUUUUUCUUUCUUUUACUAAUAGGCAAUGCUUAACAUGGCAGCCCAGGGUCAACGAGUACUGUUGCAAGGAGUGAGAUGGAUAGGCCAGUCCCAUCUAUCGAGGGGAAGAUGCUAGCACUCAGAAAGCUGGGAAAACAUGGGGAAAUCAAUGUCGUAUAUGCAAAUACAGUAGAGGCUCAGAAUCGAUAAACUUGCUUGGUGGCGGGAGCACUGGGCAACAGAAUAUACAACCGAUGCAACUUGGAAUCGGA